ACAAAGACAAAGUUCCUUUUGACCAUUAAACUAAUAUACUAGUUUUCUAUUCCUCUUGAACUUGUCUCCCGUAAGGUCUCUGUUUCGUCCUGGUUUCUCUUUUAAAUGAAUGAAACCCAAUAUUCAACCUAAGUUCCAUUUUUCAUCUCCAUCUUUCUUCUCUCUUCCUCGUCUUGAACGCUUUUGUUGAAAGUUUUCGAAAAUUCACGGAAGUUUCUUCUUAAUAUCAUAGAUAAGUCGGUUAAAGACUGGCAUACGAGGAACACGGCCUUUGACGAUUGCUUGGAACCUAAUCUCUCAUCUCCAUCUAUGUAUAAAAUUGGUUUCGACUACCCCAUUUACGCAAUCCAACUUAGAUUUUGAAUCGUAAUUGGUAUAUCUUUGCUUCAUCUUCCAACCGUUCCUCUCUUCGUUUCUUGUAUAUUUAUAUAAGCAAAGUUCUUCCAUGCAAGAGAAGAGAGUUACAGUAGUUUGAAUCCCUGAGUUUCUAUCCCAGGUUUUUCCAUUCUUCCCAAUCGGUCACCUUAAGGCUACCUUAGCUUUUGUAUAUAGAUUUGCAUUGUGAAAGAUGAUGAAAGGUGAAGAAUAUGAACGCGUUCUCCGGUAUUUCGACGAAGAUGGAGAUGGGAAAAUUUCAGCGUCCGAGUUAAGCCGUAGACUCGGCCAGAUGGGUGGAGAGCUGCUGUUGAAUGAAGCAGAAGCUGCAAUCGAAACAUUGGACUCGAACGGGGAUGGUUUGUUGGAUUUGGAGGAUCUAAUAGGGUUGAUGGAAGAAGUAGGAGAAGAAGACAAGUUGAAGGAUUUGAGAGAGGCUUUCGGGAUGUAUGACGCGGAUGGAUGCGGGUUCAUCACACCCAAAGGGCUCAAAAAAAUGCUCAACAGACUUGGGGAGUCAAAGUCAAUUGAUGAAUGUAAGGUGAUGAUCAAGCAAUUUGACCUCAAUGGAGAUGGUGUUCUCAGCUUUGAGGAAUUCAGAGUUAUGAUGCAGUGAUCCAUGGCUGUUUCGUUUUCUUUUCCCAUUCUUUUUUACUCUCUUCAUAGCUUGUAUGUAUCUAUUACAAAUUGUUCUUCGGGAUUCA